AUGGUAGACCCCCUGUUGGCUAAAGGUAUGGUAGACCCCCUGUUGGCUAAAGGUAUGGAAGACCCCCUGUUGGCUAAAGGUAUGGUAGACCCCCUACUGGCUAAAGGUAUGGUAGACCCCCUACUGGCUAAAGGUAUGGUAGACCCCCUACUGGCUAAAGGUAUGGUAGACCCCCUGUUGGCUAAAGGUAUGGUAGACCCCCUGUUGGCUAAAGGUCUUCUCUCCUCAGGUGGUGGUCGUGUGUAUCCACUGGCUGUGCGCCUGGCGGGGGUGGAGCUGACCCCAGAGGGGACGGUGUGGCUGGAGCAGCACCUGAGCCCAGCCCAGACGGUGUGGCUCAAACUGGUCAGCAGAGAGGAGGAGACACUGCACUGUCUGGUGUCUGUUAGCCGGGGGUCAUGGAGGAGUCUGUGUCUGAAUGAGGAGGUGUUGAGGUUGGGUCUGGCACGCACCGUCCCAGUCUCUGGACUCCACCCUCAGUCCCACCUUUUCCUGAGGCUCCACCAACGGCUGCUCAAGGCAGAGGUCAAGGCCGAGCGGAAGGGGCGAGGCAUGUGGAAAGAGGAUAGCCUAUGGGAGAGGACCUCACAGGCUGUUUUGGACAACCCACUGGUCAGACUCAUCAGGGGGAUCUUCAAGUGGACGUGAUUGGCUGGCUGACU